ACGAUGCGGCUAUACUGAACCAUAUGCUACGUGCCAAUAUUCAAAACUUCCGGGAGUUUUUACAGGAAGGAGAUAUUCUGGUAGUUGAUCGUGGCUUCCGGGAUUCGCUGACUCUCCUCGCUGACCUUGGAAUCAACGCUGAAAUGCCUGCCUUGAUCAGCAAAGGACAAAAGCAGCUAUCGACGAAGGAAGCUAACUCUAGUCGGCUAGUUACAAAAGUACGAUGGGUUGUUGAAUCGGCCAACGCUCGAAUCAAACGGUUCAAAAUGCUUGCAACAGUACUUCCAGGCAGCCAGGUGCCCUUCAUUUGAGACUUUGUUAGGAUUGUAUGUGCUAUAUGUAAUAAAUACCUUCCUGCACUGAGUUCACCGUCUCAGACAGAGGCAGAUACGCAAGUUGCCCAACAAAUGUUGUUGUUGGCUGAACGAGCCAAUACAUUACAAGAGUAUGUACAAGAGCGUGGUCUCGAACGGAAGUUAAAAGUAUGGAAGUCGGUUGAGGAUGUACCGUUUCCGCGACUGUCAGAGGAAAAUCUACACGACCUUACGCUUGGUGUAUAUCAGUUGAAGCUUGCGUCCAGUUACAUCCAGGAGCAUCUCACUGGGGCAUAUGACAUACAUGUCCAUGUAGAUGACACGUCACUACUGACAGUACGGUUGCAGAGUCGUCACACAAGCAGCAGACGAUAUCUCAUUUGGAUACGGUCCAGUGAUACGGCAGUAGAGGCUUGGUACUGCCAGUGCCGUGCCGGGGCACGAGUUGUUGGAAUGUGCGCGCAUGUUUCGGCCAUCGUCUGGUAUCUUGCUUUUGCUAGGCAUCAAGAAAGCACGCGGUACGGUGUAAGGGACUGGGGUAGUCAUCUAGAAGAUGCCGCUACAUUCCAAAUCGACUCCAGUUCUGACAGUGAUUAAACAUUUGCAAAUAAUGAAUACAAGAGACAACGGACUUUUACAAUUGUAAAAUUAUAAAUGAUUCUUUAUCUUUUAUCAUUUUUCGGCUUUUUAAACUGUUAAGAUAAUCGACAAUCAGUAACUUAAUCAAUAAGAAUAUUUGGUAAUUAUAAUACAAUAUAAAAUGUUGUAAUUAUUAUUCCUGUAGGUACAUUUAUUGACUUUGUAAAGAACUUUUUUUGCCAGACAGUCAAUAGCUUCAGUUACUCAUUUAAUUAUGACAAAUUAAAAUAAUUAUUCAAUUUCUCUUACACAGUGUAAGAUGAAGGUAUCAAAAUGAGUAUUGAACCCCGUCACUCGCUGAUGAAUAAUCAAAAUAUUACUGCGAGCUGUACAAUCAGUGCGGAUGUGUGUGAACAACUUUUUUUGGUUAUAGAAUUAAAUAAAAAAGAUUAUUUUUUCGUCUGAGUGAUAAAUGGAACAUAUUUUCAAUCAACAUGAUCAAAUUCAAAAUAUUCUCCAUCGCCAGUCCGGCCGUAGAAAUAUAUAGAAUCUUAUAAUAAAAUGUCCUCUAAUUAUAUAGCUGUAUAAAGAAGGUCAAUAAAUACAUGUAAUAAAAAUGGCGGAGACUGUUUUUGAAAAAAAAAAUGGAACUCAAAAAGAAAAGUGAAAUGAAAAUACAUGAUUUUUUUGAAAAAAAUUCACUGCUUUUGUUAUUGCUUUAAUUAUCGUCAGAUAAUAGGUCCGAAAUGAAACGAGCUUCAUUUACAUAAUAUGUGUAAUGUUAAAAUUUAAAAAAAGUAAUAUAAAUAGGUAUUUAUGUUUAUAGUUUCUAUAAUUAAGAAUCUAUAUUUUAUUUCUCAGUUAUCUAAAAUAAAAAAUUCAAACGGCGCUAUGAAACGUCAAAAUUUGCGGAUUAUUUUCCCGCGUCGAUGACGUCGCGCUAACAAUGUACAUAAUACGUACAUGUUUCUCAGGCUUAGAAACAACGUCAUAUAUGAUAAUAAUGAAAUAAAAAUAGCUGAUUUUAAAAUAAGAUUGUUCAAAUCUGAAUUACUGUAAGUUUCAACACUUUUCGAGGUUGGGCCAAAUUUGAUGGUUAGUGAACCAAGCCCUUU